AUCAUUUUUCUCUCCACUCAGCCUCCCCUCUAUCGCCAUAUUGGGCACCGAAAAGCCUCCUGUUAUUUCUUGCCUUUUACUACGACGCGGAGUUGACAGGAGUGGCCAUCACAACUGCACUUUGUUUUGAUGAUCCGUAGAAGGAAAUUCCUCUGUGCCUGUUGUUGUUCUCCUCGCUCUCCGGCUCCGGCGGUGCUCUGAGUCUCCCUCCUGCAUGGCAUGCACGCGUCUGCGGCCAGUGUGCGUGCCUGUGCCUGUGCGUGUUUUUCUUGAUGCCUGUUGUUGUUGUGGAGUGCGUUGAGCCCGGAGAGAGUGCCUCUUUUGAGUCGUACGGUUGCUGUUUGUUUUCCUUCGUACUCCAGAAAAAUCACCAUGUCUAAUGUGCGUCUUUCGAAUGGGAGCCCGACUCUGGAGAGGAUGGACGCGCGGCUGUCCGACCAGCCGAAGCCGUGCGCCUGCAGGAACCUGUUCGGGCCGGUGGACCACGAAGAGUUAACGAGGGAGUUAAAGGGACACUUGAGGGCGAUGGAAGAGGCGUCGACCGAGACGUGGAACUUCGACUUCGCCACCUACACGCCUCUGGCGCACGGCCGGUACCUGUGGACCGCCGUGGACACCACGGACUUACCGAGCUUCUACAGCUCUACCGGGAAUAAGAGUGUGGAUGUAAACGGAAACCACGAGCGCCUGGCCGAGCGGAGUGAGAGCCAGACGGAGCGGAGAGAGCAGCAGCACGCCGCCAAGGGCCAGAGGAAAAGACCUGCGUGCCACGACUCCUCAUGUCAGAGUAAACGGUCGCACACCUGUGUGGAAGAAGUCUCUCGUCACCCUCCGGCUUUGGCCCAGCAGCUCGACCACCACACACCCGUGAAGUCGAGCCCCCAGCGGCGGCAGACGUGAACAGUGUGGAGAACUGAAGACAUUCUCUCCCUUCUGACGGCUUCAGUGCUUGGUGAAUUCAAAAUUCAAGGAGAGAAGAAAGAUAGGAAAGUAAAAGCAUAUCAGCUCAAAGAGUGGAGAGACUGCACAAGCACUGAAACAAACACAAAAGUUCUGGCACUAAAAAAAAGCAACUGCCUCAAAAGCAGUCUAUGUAGCAGUGUGCAAUUAGGUUUAAUCUCCUUUUUUGCUCAUUUUUUUUCUUACUACCUGUGUAUAUAUUUACUUUUCAUAUGUAGCACAUAAUACAUAUUAUGUUGGAUUUUUAAUUUUUUUUUGAGUAGGUGUGAAUUUGAUUUGACUUGAAGAGUUACAGUUGUAUAGGUUUCAAAAUAUCUCCAAAAUGCUGUUUGUUACUUCUCUCUAUUUUAAAGGCAGUGUGACCCAUCUGACUUGUGUUCUCCUCUUGUUGAAAUCCAUUGUAGUAUCUACAGACACCCGUAUAGUUGUGCGAACACCUAUUGGGUGAUGUGUGGUACAUAAGUUGCCUUGUCUCCUAAAGAUCACUUUUGAUCCUAGCAUUUCAGUUUGCAAUCUCGAAACAACACCACAGGUAGAUUACAAAAUUGCAUUAUACUCUAUAGAGGAUGCAGAUCUGAUCUAGUGUCUGUAUUUAAAUUUAAAUGACUCUAUGUAACUUAUCUGUCAGAUUUUGACUUGGCCAGCUGACUGAUGUUCAGUUCAGUACACAAGGUCAAAACACGUAGCAUCAACCAGUAUUAACACCAGGCGAGGCACUUGCUGAGAGACACGUGUCGAUCGCUUAUUAUUAAAUUAUUUUUCUUUAAUAUGUAUCUGGGUUAUUUGUAUUUUGAGUGAAACUUUCUACUGAUUACCUAUUUUAGAUUUUCUGUUCCAUUUCACUCCGUUGGGCUCCAGCUCCCUUUUUUUUUUUUUUUUUCCUCUUCCAUUUGGUGUAAUAUCAGGAAAAUAGCCUCUCAGCUAGCUGCACCUACACUCCCAUUUGAUUCUGUGGUUAACUCUGAAGUAUAUUUAUAGAAAAAAGUAAAUAUUAAUAUUUCAACAAUCCACACAGCCUGUGUAUUUGUUUAAACUUUGAAGUGUACCUGUGUACAUAACUUUGUAAAAACACUGAGAAAAUUAAGACUAACUUAUUUAUGUCAAGCUUUUUUUUAAUCUAAAAAUGGGUUUGGUCAUGGUUAUCCAAAGUGGCAUUUGAGUUAUUUUUUUAAAUGCUUUUUUGGUAGUUUCUGUUUUAUUUUUUUUAAAGAAAUUAUUUUAACAAAUUGUGUAAGGUUGCAAACUGAGCCUGAUAAAAAAUUUAAAAAUAUUGCGGUUUUUGAAAUGUGUGGUUAAACAUUGUGCUGCAAUCAAAUUAAAAGAAAAUUAAAUUAUUA